CGAGAACCACCGAUCUUCAGUGGUCCUCAAGCCGACAGCUACCGAAGCUCUCCAGAUAAUCCCGAUUUGUAACACAAUCGAAGUCUCUCUUUUUCUUGUUUGGGGCGAGGGAGAGAGUGCAGGCUAUUAUAAAGAGAAAAACCCCCAAGAUAUUACAGAAAAUUGUAGCUUCCUGUGCCCCGCCCGCUCCCGUUGCUGGUAAAGGAUAUCCCUGUGUUUAAAAGAUUCAGUCAAGAUGAAACUAACUGCUGUUGCAGUGUUUGGCACCCUUUUCUGCACUGUUCUGUCAGUGCCUCUAAAAGUCAAUGAGGAGAAAACUGCCUUCUUCGGUGAGGACAUCCAUAUUGUGGUUCCGUUGCUAGAUGGCGCUGAUGUUCUGUUCAAGCCCAGCAGCGACCCGCACUCGGUGGUGUUUCUGAUGCGCGAGGGGCGUGUGGUGAGCUCGCGCGCCCAGCUCAAUGCUCUGAACCACCUCAUACUGGAGGACGUGGGCGAGGAGGACGAGGGGACCUACGUCGUCAAAAACAUCCAGAACCCCGCUGAUGUCAGACACAUGGUCCUCAUAGUCAGAGACUGCUCCUUGGAGCAGGUGGUGAAGUACGGAGACAUCUACUCUGUCCCGGUGAAUGGCAUUGAAAGCCCAAUCACCCUGGAGUUCAGGCCCAGCCAUACCCAGGCUAACCAGACCACCGAGCCCCCGGUCGUGGUCCUGUUGAACCAGAGCGUGACCCCCGCAGAGAACUACCAGAGCCGGCUGAGUGUGACAGACAAGAAGGUGACCCUCAACCAUGUCCGUGGUAGUGAUGAGGGCAGCUUCACUAUUCUGGACAAGGAUGGCAAGGUCCGGAAGAGGACGUGCCUCAACGUCAGAGAGCACCAGACCUUCGUCCAUCUAUCAUAUGCUACCACUUUCAAGAUGAACCUGUACCUGGACCACACCAAGGUCACUCUUAAGUACACGCCGGAGUCGGACCAUGAGGAGCGGACCAUUGUGGACCAGGGGCUGGUGGUGGAUCCAGUGGACCCAGGCUUGGAUGGCAGGCUCACGGUAGAGGGGUCCAUGAUCAUCCUGGAGCGGGUCCGGGCUGGAGACAGCGGCUGGUUCACCGUCACAGACCUGACAGGUUUCCCCGUGGCCACAAUCCAUCUGACAGUGGAGGCCUACAAGCUCCCCACCCUCUACGUAGCCAUCCUGUCCCUGCUGGGGCUGCUGGCCUUCCUGCUUCUCGUGUGCCUCCUGUCCUGCCUGUUCAAGGUGCGGCAGCGGACGGAGAAGGCCCGCAAGAUUGCCCUCAUCGCCCAGCAGGCUGGCAAAGGAGACGGGGACGCCUUCAGACAUGUGGUCCAGGAAGCCUACAACAAGUUCACUGAGGAGUCCACCUCACAGUCCACCUGGGACAACCCUACGGAGAGCACCGAGGUCACCAUCAAGGGUCUGGAGGUGUCCAAAGGCGGGCGCUACCACACCUUCUCCGACAAGAACUUCCUUGAGAUGAGUGACUCAGGGGUGGAGUUUAACUCUGCUGCCCUGCCAUUGGACAGCGACACAGAUGUCCCCCACACCUACGCUUCCCACAACUUCCACCUUGACUCUGACAGCAUUGCCGCUACCGUUGUUGCCGAGGGUGACCUGAGUGCCAACCAGAACAAUGACUCCGCCACGAGUACCAUUGGGAGCCCCGCGGCGCAGCCCGACGCCACCCCCGACGGAGACCUGAUGGGGAAUGCCACGCCGGAGAACACACCCAGGAGAGGUGACCUGGAAGCAGGCUCCCCGAAAGCAACUGAGCUGGUCGAUGAAACUCCAACUCCGGAGGCUGGAGACAAAGCAGCUGCUGAGAGCACCUGAGAGCCACAAGGAACCCCAGAGGUGUCUUCAUCCUCCACAUUCACACCACACACAUUCUGACAAUCUGCCACUCAGUCCAAACACUCUGCUUAGCUCCCACCAUCCAUCCCCUUAACCUCUGGUUACUGCUCAUCAGUGUAAACACAUGAUCAUCCAUGACAGUUACCAUACACUGUAAUCAAAUAUAAAUCACUGACACACAAACACACAGAUACAAGGAGCUUGCCUCUGAUGCAAGAUAAAGUAUCCGUUUGUGGCAUAGCUGCAUAACAGUUCUAACACGGUUCUGACAAAGAAAUAAAGCAAACAAAAUUUAACAGAUUAAUGUUAUGUAUAAUGGAUAAAUGCAUGCAUCACCUUGACACUAGAAGCAGACAUUUCCUCCACAGUAGAGUAAAAAGAGGCCACUCUUAAUUAUAAUGACUGCACAGACUGCAUGUAAGCCACUCACAGAAGACUUAUUGGCGCCAAGUUGUCAGAGGGAAUAUUCCUGACACAGUAGAGCUUAGAGAACCAUACAGUGCAGGAGAAAGAGUAAACCAGGGCCAUAUGGUCCCCUUAGUCAUUCACUACGCCCUGCAACACAUCAGCUCCUGCAGCCAGUCACAGGAAGCGCUUGUCUCAGCAGCUACAGAAUGGGGGAUGACCCCCCCCUCACCUCUUCCACCACUAACCUGCCUCUUCUUCCAUUCAAUUUAUAAAAGCACACAGAUUGAAUAACCACACCAUUCAAGAGGCAUCUUAGCUGGUGGUGGGGUCAUCUGUACCCCUGUCAGACCUUUUUCAAGGUGUGAAAACGUCAACCUUGAGCAUGGAUGUCCAUGACAUCACCACUGUACGACUCAUCU